AUGUUAAAUGAUUUUAAUAGCUGGCAGCUACUUAAUACAUGUACCCUAGUUUUUACGUAUGGUUAUGAAAAAUCUGAUAUUAUUUCUGCGAGGAUUGAGUCAUGUCGAGGUUGCUCCUUAAACCGCCUACCUGAAGUAAAGAAAUUUAUUAUGAACGAUGCUCCAGACUAUGACCGCGUCGAAGUAAAAUUCAUUAAUGGAAUGCCACCAGAGCUGGUGAUUAUUGGUGAAGAUGAAAAGGAAUUGGAACGCAUUCCCUUGUCUAAUCUUGAUAGAGAGGACUGCAACAUUCAACUUAAAAGCAGAGGUUUUGAAAAGAAAAAUACAAAAGAAGAAUUC